UAAAAUAAUUUUCACCCCAGCUUCCCUAGUCCCUUGUUUCUGCCACUGGAUCCUCGCCCAUUUUCUGAAGGAGCUGUCUAUGGCGUUUUCCGCUCUCUCGCGACUAACUACUCUUCGGCGUCACUUGACUUUGUCUGAUACAAACGACGAGGCUGCGGGUGGCAGUUCAAUUGGAGGGUCAAUCAAGAUAGCUUCAGAUGUGUCUGAAGCUUUAUCUCUCGGGCGUCCUGUUGUCGCUCUUGAAUCCACUAUAAUUUCACAUGGGAUGCCAUAUCCUAAAAAUGUGCAGACUGCCAAAGAGGUGGAGGCUAUUGUGAGGGAGAAUGGUGCAGUUCCUGCAACUAUUGCAAUUUUAGAUGGCACACCCUGCAUAGGUCUAAGUACAGAAGAACUUGAAAGGCUAGCUACUCUGGGAAAUAGAGCUCAGAAGACAGCUCGAAGGGACAUUGCACAUGUUGUUGCUAGUGGUGGAAAUGGGGCUACUACUGUCUCUGCCUCCAUGUUUUUGGCUUCUAUGGUUAACAUUCCUGUAUUUGUUACUGGAGGAAUUGGGGGAGUACAUAGACAUGGAGAACAUACCAUGGAUAUUUCUUCUGAUCUCACCGAGCUUGGAAGAACUCCAGUAGCAGUUAUAUCGGCUGGAGUAAAAUCAAUAUUAGAUAUCCCCAGGACCCUGGAGUAUCUGGAAACGCAAGGAGUCUGUGUUGCAGCGUACAAGACCAAUGACUUUCCUGCUUUUUUCACUGAAUCUAGUGGGUGCAAGGUGCCUUGUCGGUUAGAUUCUCCAGAAGAGUGUGCUCGUUUAAUAGAAGCAAACAGGAAGCUCAAGCUUGGAACAGGGAUUUUGAUAGGAGUUCCUAUUCCUAAGGAACACUCUGCUUCAGGAAAUAUCAUUGAGUCCGCCAUACAAAGAGCCCUCCAGGAAGCUAGGGAAAAGAACAUAACAGGAAAUGCUGAGACUCCCUUCUUGCUUGCCAGAGUAAGUGAGCUCACUGGAGGUGCGUCACUUGCCUCAAAUAUGGCACUUGUGAAGAAUAAUGCUCUCUUUGGAGCUAAAGUUGCUGUGGCCCUUGCUCACCUCAGGCAACAUUCUCAGUGAAUAGAGAUGAUCUCAUAAAGUGAUUUGUCUUUGUAAACUACUCAUGUUCCCUCACUAGAUGAUACAAGUUUUUUCUUUUUUGUUCUUCUUCUUUUUAAAUGAUGAUAAAUAAAUGAUUUGUAAUUUACUUUUUAUGGGUUCUUUUUUUGUGGGUGUGGGAGGGGUUAAUUCGGGUUAGAAUAACAUUCAAGUUUUUAUUUAUCAUAUUCA